AUGUCCCUCGCAGUUGAGGUGGAAGAUCUCACUUAUAAGUUUGCGCAGCUAAAUGAGCCUGUCUUAGAGAAUAUUACUUUGAAAAUACCCUGGAACACGCGGACCUUGCUUGUGGGCUCUAACGGGGCUGGAAAGUCGACGUUAUUGAAGCUUCUCAGUGGCAAGCAUCUGUGCCUGAAUGGUAAGAUUUUAGUGAAUGGACUCGAUCCCUUCAGCCCUUUGUCAAUGCACCAAAACGAAGCGGACGAAUGUCAAACAACCACGUACCUCGGAACUGAAUGGUGUCACAUGAGUAUCAUUAACAGAGACAUUGGUGUACUGGAACUUCUCAACAGUAUAGGUUUCGAACACUUCAGAGAAAGAGGAGAGGCACUAAUUGAUAUCUUUGAUGUUAAUCUUGAUUGGAGAAUGCAUCGUUUAAGUGAUGGACAAAAGAGAAGAGUCCAAUUGACCAUGGGCUUACUAAAGCCAUGGCGAGUGCUGCUACUAGAUGAGGUGACCGUCGACCUUGAUGUUGUUGCCCGAAGCAGGCUACUGUCGUUCUUGGAGCGUGAAACGAGGACUCGUCGUUGCAGUGUCGUUUAUGCAACGCACAUUUUCGAUGGUCUUGCGAAUUGGCCCGAUAAAGUGAUCCACAUAUGUCAUGGAAAAAUAGUUCAAAGCUUAGAUUACGAAAAGAACGUUGUUUUUGACAAGGAUAUUGAGGGUGUAAUUCAAAAUGGCACUACCACGAACGUUGGAUAUGUAAAGUCGCUACAUCCAUUGGCCUUAGCGUGGCUAUCACAGGAUGAGGGCAAAUAA